UGAUGAUCCGGAAAACGUUCAGGGUAAAUUGUUAAGAACGGGCAUUUCUCUCAAUAUUCCGGUUGUGUAUUUAUUUAUUUAUUUUAUCGCUAUGUACAGGUACGAUCCUUAAAGUGACAAACAUCUGGUGUUUCUACAGAAUGGUAGCGAAUACUCGAACCAGCAGCACACAGUGAAGGAUAUUCCAACAAUAAAAUUUGAUCAAACAUAUCUUAACAAUGAGUUGACAUACAGAAUGGUCUUUUAAUAGAAAUUGAAUGCAAUAAGUUGGUUUAGUUGUGUAAAGAGUAUUAAAUAUCCAGAAGUUAACAACAAACGGCACAUAGAACAUAGAAACGAAGACAGGAUUGUUCAUUUCUUUAAGACUCGAGAAACAAUAAUUUGGGAACUUAAAUUACACAUUACAGGGAAAUGUUCAAAGUGAGUUGAGCGAACAAAGAUACAGAGAAGACAUUAUGGGCUGCUCAAGUUCGACUGGCGGGGCAGCAGGUGAACUACCCACCGGCCCAGUAAAGACAGUUGACCCUAGGCUACCAUUUAAGACUUAUAGACAAUUGUUUAGCUUGAAGAAUCACUGGAAAACAGUACAGAGAAAAAUGGAUGCAACUGCCGUCGAUGCAUUUAUCAGCUUCUUCCGAAAGCAUCCUGAACACAAAGCUCUGUUCGAUGCCGACUGGAUGAAACACGUGGACGACGACAACGAAGAGAUGAUCCGAGAGAGUAUAGCGUUCGAAAACCACGCUGUGGCUAUCUGGACAGUCUAUGACGAGGUUAUGGAGGACCUCGAUGGAAAUGUCGGUGGUGCAAUAAGAACAUUACAUUCAACUGCAAAAAUACAUAAAAAUAUUGAUGGCUUUAGUUCUGACUUUUUCAAGGAUUUUAAAGGAGUGUUUAUAGAUGGUGUUAAGAACGCGCUUGGCGAUCGCUACACAGACGCUGCUGACGAAAACUUUCAAAACUUUUAUGCAUUUCAAUUGAAACAUUUAGAAGCAGCUUUUAAUAAAUAAUGCAUUGUUGAAUCGGUCUAGUGCCAAGGCAGAAGGACAUGCCAGUUAGAUAAUGGCCCGUGUAAAUAACGUACUUGUAAAUAGAGAGGGUCACUUGACGUGUAAAUAUUGAGAUAUUUCUUGGAGUUGUGCCUUGUACUGCCAUCAACUGACCAUCGACUAUUAUUCUGCGACUGCGGCCAUCUCCAUCUUUGGACGAUCGGUCUAAGUGCUCACUAUUCAUAAGUCAUUAAUCAUAGGUAAACAAUUUAACCAGUCUACCUCUGCAUUAUCAACGAUGGAUUGUUGACCUGAUGAUCUCCUAGGUGGAAAAAUUACUGUUGACCUCGACCAGAUCAGACCUCGCGAUUUAUACAGUGGAGGUCUAUAAAUCCAAUUCCCUUCAGCAAUUGUAUUGAGAGGAUAAAUGACGAAAAUGACGUGCUACAUGUAGUUGUUGAUAACAAGGGAAAUGCCAU